AUGGCGGAGGGCGGGGACGCGCCCGCCCCGGGCAGCGCAGGUCGCAACCUGAAGGAAUGGCUGCGGGAGCAGUUCUGCGACCACCCGCUGGAGCACUGCGAGGACACCCGGCUGCACGACGCGGCCUUCGUGGGCGACCUGCCCACCCUGCGCAGCCUGCUGCAGGACGAGAGCUUCCAGAGCCGGAUCAACGAGAAGUCGGUGUGGUGCUGCGGGUGGCUGCCCUGCACCCCGCUGCGCAUCGCGGCCACCGCCGGCCACGGCCCCUGCGUCGACUUCCUGCUGCGCAAAGGGGCCGAGAUCGACCUGGUGGAUGUCAAGGGCCAGACCGCCCUCUACGUGGCCGUGGUCAACGGGCACCUGGAGUGUGCCAAGAUCCUGCUGGAGGCCGGCGCUGAUCCCAACGGGAGCCGGCACCACCGCAGCACCCCGGUGUACCACGCGGCGCGCGUGGGGCGCGCCGACAUCCUGCGGGAGCUCAUCAGGUACGGCGCGGACGUGGACGUGAACCACCAGCUGGCGUCCCGUGGGCCCGGGCAGGCGCUGCGGCCGCUGACCACGCUGGUGGUGUGUCCCCUGUACAUCAGCGCGGCCUACCACAACCUGCCCUGCUUCCGCCUGCUGCUCCAGGCGGGAGCCGACCCGGAUUUUAACUGCUGCGGGCCCAUCAACGUGCAGGGCUUCUCUCGGGGCUCGCCCGUGUGCGUGCUGGACGCCGUGCUGCGGCACGGCUGCGAGCCCGCCUUCGUGCGCCUCCUCGUUGACUUUGGAGCGGAUCUCAACCUCGUCAAGGUGGAGGCCUUGGGAGUGGAGGCCACGGGGAGGGUCAAGGUGAACGCCGAGGCGCUGGAGGUGUUCAAAGAAGCCAGGGGCCGCGCCCGGAGCCUCUUGUCUCUGUGCCGCAUAGCUGUGCGGAGAAUCCUUGGCAAAUCCCGCCUGGAUCUGAUCCGUAGCCUCCCAAUCCCUGACCCCAUUAAACAGUUUUUACUCCACGAGCACAGUUAAAGGGCGGCUUUUGGGGACAGUUUGACUUGGAAAAUGAGUGCCCUGACAGAGCCAAUCCUGCCCCUUUCCCCCUCAUGGAGUGCACAUCAUUCCCUGCUCCUGUGAGGUUUUUUUUCCCCCUACAGAUUUAGGAUGCAGUGAUGCCGUGUGUCUUAUUUCCCUGGGGAGAGGCUGCUAAACGUGUGCGCUGCAGUAAAUACAAUAUAUCCUGUAGCUGUUGGCAAA